AUGGCAGAGGAGACGCCCCAGCGUCCGCUGGUUCCUUCCGAUUGGUCUGUGACCCAAGAGACACAAGAGAGCCAAGCAACAAAAAAUAGGCAGGCCUCGGAAUUGCGCACAUCAAUCUCCGAAGUGGUUGAUGUGUUGACGCAUGAGUUUCCCGCCGACUUCAAAAGGGGCUACUUGAAAGUACGAGUGGUGGAUCCGCCAGCGAUCAGGCUCGACGCAGCAAUUGCAGCCCCGGAAGCCUCCCAGAUACAAGGCUUCCGGUACAAAAAGUCAUCCGAAGGCAUCCUAGAGGUAUCUCAGUCGAAUGGACGCUGGCCAUGGAAAGGAGUACUAGGAUCGAUACAGAAUCAAGCCCCGGCGGCGCCAGUUGACCGCCGAGAGUACUUUCAGAAACUGGUCGAAGACCCGCCAAAGGGACGUUUGGCCUACUACGCAGGACCAUGUUUGGCCGAUGAUUACUCGUUCACCGUGAACGCCGGCAAGCUGCAGAGUAUCCUCUCAGCUGAGGGCGUUACCACCCCUUAUUGGUAUCUAAGUGGAACUACCGGCACGCCAGCACCACUUCAUUUUGAGGACUUCGGGUACCUCUCUAUCAGCUAUGUUGUUGCCGGUGCAGCCAAGAUAUGGUUGGUCAUUCCGCCAGACCAGCGCCAGAAGUUGGAAGCAGCCUUGGCACUUGAUCGGCGUCUGUCUUUCGAAUGCUCACAAGACAUUCGGCACGAAGGGGUCCUGGUAUCCCCAUCCUAUCUUGAGUCGCACGGGAUUGACUACUCAAUCGAGGUGUGCGAGAUGGGCUAUGCCCUCAUAACUAUGCCUUUUGCGUAUCACCAAGUGGCAAAUCUCGGUCCAAAUCUGGCGGAGGCAGUCAACUUCAAACUGGACUCGCUUCCUAGCGUCCCGAGCGAUUAUAUACACUGCAAGUCGGGGAAACGUUGUGGCAAGCAUCCGGUCAACAGGGCUUGCUUUAUCGAUGCCCUUCCGAGCGACUCAAAGAAGCGAACUUCUGAAGCAUUGGGGCUAUUGGAAGAAUAUCCAAGCACGGAAUCUGGUCACAGCCAGGAGAGGCCUCGGAAAAAGUCCACGACAACCAUGGCGCGUGACGCAGAACUGAUACGCUUGCUGGACUGCACCGAAUCUCACCAGAAAUUCGUAUCCCUUGUUGUGGCCUGGCGCACACAACAGUCAUUCUACCGCGGUAUCAUGGACCAGACCAACGAAGCGGUGGGUGGCGCAGAAUCAUUCUUAGAGCUGUUCCGGCGGAAUGAGAAGGUCCGUGGCCAGUCUCAACUCGAUACUCUGCUGCUGCGUUAUUCACAGAUAUCUCUGGCGCGCGCACUUGAUGCUCUUGACCCUCUCGGACAGCCACAGGGGCUUUAUCACACCAUAGAAUCAGUGAUUAUAGGUCUGGACGAGACUGCCCGGAGGCGUUUCCACGAGGACGCCAAAUGCGGCCGCAAUCUGUUGGAACUAUGCGGGAAGAUAGGUGGAGACCGUGGUAACCGGGAUGGGCUCCUCUGCUUCCUUCCGACCACUUUGGCCGCUGUGCACCAACUUACGGAAGACGCGGCCGAACUUCGAUCAGCUACUUCGGAGGCGAACCAGCAUACUAUUAAUGUCUUAUGUGAAGCUGGACAUGCGUUUUGGAAGCUCGUGACUGGGUCCGUCGAUGUUCGGUUUGCCUGGGAGGUUGCGCCUGUAGCGGCGUCUGGGAAUUGGAGCUUGGAGUCAAUAAAGCCGGCCUCAACUAACUAA